AUGGAGAAAAACGCGCGGAACGGCCCAAAACGGCGGAAAAACAACGGGAGAAUUAAUCCGAGCGGAAACUCCCGCGGGGAGAGAGGGAAGGGCGGCGCAGCGGCCGUGGCGAAUCUGCGGACGCGGCACUUUCGCCACGUCCCCGUUCCGCGCUGCGCGCCGGCCCGUGGCGAAUCUGCUGUUCUGAGGGAGGGGGCGGCGCCUGUCUGUGACGUCACUUCCGCCGCGCGGCGUCGCACUGUCCGUGACGUCACCGCCAGCGCCGGGAGCCGCCGCCGGGUGCGCGGCGCGAGCGCGGCUGAUUUGCAUAUGCAAAUGAGCCCCGGGGCGGCUAACGAGGCCAUGUCCAGACGCCGCGUUUGGUUCCAGGACCCCCCGGGGGAGGGGGAGGGGCCCGAAGAGCCCAAAACCAAACGGAGACGGCCCGAGGGGGGUCCCGGGAGCCGUUUUCCGGCGCUGCCGCCCCCGGACAGCGACGAGGAGGAGGAGGAGGAGGAGGAGGAAGAGCUCCGGGCCGGGGGGCCCCCGGUGGAGGGGCAGGAGCCGGGCCCCGCGCCGGGGGUGGGGGAGGGGCCGGUGCCCCUCACCCCCUUCAACCUGGAGGAGGAGAUGGGGGAGGGGCGCUUCGACCCCCACGGGCACUUCCUGCCCCUCCCCCGCCGCGAGACCCCCGACCCCUGGCUGGAGACCCUCGAGGGGAUGCCGAUCAAGCCGCGGCCCCUCCCCCCCCCCGGCCGCGCCUCCCCUCCCCCCUCGCCGCCGCCCCUCCCCCAGCUGCUGCGGGGGGCGCUGGCGCUGCUGCGGCCCCGCGAGACCGUGGGGGGGGCGCUGCGGCGCUGGGGGGGGGGGGGCGGAGCAGAGGGGGAGGGGCGGGGGGAGGGGCAGGGGGCGCGCCCCUCCCCCCCCGAGCUGGAGGCGCUGGUGGCGCUGUCGGACGCGCUGGUGGCCCGGGGGGUGCUGGGGGUGCUCGGGGAGAGCCGCGAGCGGCUGCGGGGGCGGCUGCGGGCCCUGGGGGGGGAGGGGCGGGGGGAGGGGCAGGAGGGGGAGGAGGAGGAGGGGGAGGAGGAGGAGGAGGAAGAGGAGGAGGGGGAGGGGGAGGGGCAGGCGGCCCCGGCGCUGGACAUGUUCGCCCCCCCCGAGGAGGGGGAGGGGCGGGAGGCGCUGCCCGAGGUGCUGUGGGAGUAUCACUGGGGGGGGGAGGGGGACCCCCCCACGCCGCUGUACGGCCCCUUCAGCAGCGCCCAGAUGCAGGCCUGGGCCGACCAGGGGUACUUCCGGGGUGGGGGAGGGGCGCGGUGCCGCCGCCUGAACCCCCCCGACCCCCCCGGACCCUUCUACGACUGCGGCCGGGUGGAUUUCCAACUCUACACCUGAGAAACGCCCCAAAAACCCCAAAAACCGCCCCAAAACCGACAAUAAAAACCACCCCCAGACCA